AACAUUCGAUGGCGGAAUCCACACUGUAAUUCUAUCUGUUUCAUACACGUACCCCGGGUUGCCAAAUAUAGAACAUAAACCGCCAAACGCAGCACUGCGGUCGUGUUAUUGUGAACAUAUUCUAUCGACUGAAUUUCUUCUUUUCCCCUUGGCAUACUAACCGAAUGUAAUGUGUCUUCAAGACGAAGGCUAAUUAUUGAUGACUGAGAGUAGAAAGAUUGGGUCACUUCCUGAUGCUGAACCGGGUACAAGUAUGAUGAGGUGCCUGAUUCCCAGAGAUGGAGGACAAAGAGUGAUGGCAGAAGAUGUCCUUGGAGGCAGAUAAAAAUUGCUUGCUGGUUUCCCAGGAGCCAAGAGCACCCUUUCAGACAGCUGAAGAGAGAGAGGAGAUCCCAGGGAUGGGAGAGGACAGUGUUCUGGAAAUGCUGAGCUACUCCAAAUUUACAGACCUGGAGGCAUGGCUGUGCAUGCCCUCUACACUCUUGCCCAGGAGUUUGGAAUCACCACGUGGAGCCUCCCCGCCACUUACACACCGUGAAACAGCAGAUGUGGCAAAUGAAAAGAGUGGUGAUCCAUUCCCUGCUCUGCUGGGUUACACAGAAGCACUGACUCUUGGGCCCCUGGAAAAUGAUGGCCUGUUUUUGGCCCCGCCUUUGGAGAGGGAUGCCGUGUUCUUGGCCCCAUCCCAGAUGCUGCCAGUGCCUACAGAGCCUCCAUCACCGGAACCUUUGUCCCCAGUCUCAACUGCGGCCUCUGUGUCCUCGUCAGUGAGCCCCUUGCGAGAAUCCACACCGACAGGAGUGAGUGUACGGAAGCGCCGCCGUCUGGCUGCUAGCCCUGGGGGGCUUCACUGGAACUCUGCAGGAGCGCUUCAGAGGGAGUAUGACAGAGCAGAACUGUCACCGGUGUCUGAGGCAAAGCGCAGCUCCAGCAGUGACACUAGCAACCAUGCCAGCAUCUGGGCAGACCAGUGCAAGCUGGCCUUGAGGAAGAGUGUCUCAGUGGACGACCGCCUGUUCCAGCAACCGCACAAAGAGCAGCACAGGCUGCUCAGUCGCCUGGAGAAGGGCAAGAAUAAGCUAAGGAAUAUCCACAGCCUCGGAUCAACAGGUAGAUACGAAACACGAAAAAAGUCAGAGAGCAAGAUCACCCGGCUGGCUCAGAGGCUCAACCAGAGGCAGAGUGAUGCGCUGAUCAAAGACUUCAAACCUCUUUUUUUCACUGUGUCCCCUGGCAAUUCCCAGAGCCUGGACAGGAACUUCUCUGUAAGCAUGACGCAGCAGAUGCAGAACCUCCAGCUGUCCCACAACAAGAAGAGCAGUGGGCCUGCAUCUCCCAGCGCUGCCAAGCGCCUCUAUCGGAACUUGUCUGAGAAGCUCAAGGGCAGCCACUCCUCUUUUGACGAGGCCUACUUCUUUGGUCGCUCUGACCGCUUCCGCAAAGCCUCUAACAUGCAGAGCAGUGAAGCCUUGUUUGAGGCUGUGGAGCAGCAAGACCUGGAUGCAGUCCAGAUCCUACUAUAUCAGUACACUGCAGAUGAGCUUGACCUCAACACACCCAACAGCGAGGGUCUGACCCCACUGGACAUAGCCAUAAUGACCAACAACGUGCCUGUGGCAAAGCUUCUGCUGAAGGCUGGGGCCCGGGAGAGCCCACACUUUGUCAGUCUGGAGAGCCGGGCGGGGCACCUUUCCACGCUGGUCCAGGAGGCAGGGAGGAGGGUGAGUGAGCUCUCGGCUCAAGUGCAGAGUGAAGGACUGAGUCUGGACACCUCUGAAAAGGAGAAGCAGCUCAAGGCCUGGGAGUGGAGAUAUAAACUGUACAAACGCAUGAAGACCGGCUUUGAACAUGCAAGGACUCCAGAUGCGCCGGCCAGCGUGCGUCUGAAUGUGACCAGCAGCACAUCACUCACUGUCACCUUUCAGGAGCCCCACAGUGUCAACUCUGCAGUGGUCACCAAAUACAAAGUGGAAUGGAGCUGUUUGAAGGACUUCUCCUUGUUGGCUGGAGAACUGAUCCUGGAUAAUCUGCAGUCUCUGAGGUGCACAAUCACAGGGCUCUCCACGGGAAGAGUCUAUUAUGUCCAAGUCUCCGCUUAUAAUAUGAAGGGCUGGGGUCCAGCACAACCAUCUUUCCCUCCUUCAGCUGCUCCAUCUAACUGGAAGGAGUCUGAGGGCCGAGAACCCCGGCACCGAGGCCACAUUGAGGCCAUGGAGCGUCUGCUGCAGCAGGUCCGAGCCACACACCAGCACUACAGCUGCGGAGAUACUACCAAACUUCAGAACCCAAGUCGGAAGCAGUCAGUUUCCAGAAGCCUUAAACAUCUCUUUCAUUCUUCUAAUAAGUUUGUAAAAACUCUUAAAAGGGGACUCUAUGUGGCGGCGGUGUUCUAUCACAAGGAUAGCCUGCUGGUGACCAAUGAGGAUCAGAUCCCCAUUGUGGAGAUCGAUGACUCCUACAGCAGCUCCAUCAUGCAAGACUUUCUGUGGUUCGCCAAGCUGUCCUGCAUGUGGGAGGAUGUCCGAUGGCUGCGGCAGAGCAUGUCGGCCUCUAUGUCCUCCUCCUCCACGCUGCAGGCCCGCCAGAAGAUGCUAGCCGCCGCCGGGCAGCUCCAGAACCUCUUGGGCACCCAUAACUUGGGCAGGGUCUAUUAUGAGCCCAUUAAAGACCGGCACGGCAACGUCCUCCUGGUCACCAUCAGGGAGAUGGAGAGCCUCUACUCCUUUUUCAACGGCAAGUGGAUGCAGGUGUCCAAGCUGCAGAGCCAGAGGAAGUCCCUGUCCACGCCUGAGGAGCCCACCGCCCUGGACAUCCUCCUCAUCACCAUACAGGACAUCCUGGCCUAUCAGAGGCGCAGUCAGCACCGCCUCUCCCCCGGGCUGUACCUGGGUUACCUGAAGCUCAGCAGCUCCGUAGACCAGAUCAAGGUGCUGGUCCCGCAGAGAGUCCCCAACAUGCUGUGCCACUUCAAGGUCCGGGACAACUGGAACGUGUCCAGAGAUGAGUGGGACUGGCUCCAGAGGCUGUCUGGACCGGUGCAUGUGGAAAGUGUGGAUCAGACAGCCGACUGCCACACUCCGCUCUUCUUCUAUGAGCUCCAGAUGGCUGUAAAAGGCUUGCUCAAACAAAUCAAUCUACCUCUUCACCAGGCCAAGCACUUCCGUCUCUACACACAGGAGGUGCUGGAGCUGGGGCACAAUGUGUCCUUUCUUCUGCUGCUGCCCGCCUCAGACGAUGUCUGCACUGCCCCAGGACAGACUAAUCCUUACACCCUGCACUCAGGGUUCCUCAACCUCCCUCUUCAAAUGUUUGAGCUAGUUCACUUUUGCACUUAUAAGGAGAAAUUCAUCAGCCUAUACUGUCGCCUCUCCUCGGUAUUGGAGCUUGAUGCACUCAUUACCCAACUGGCAUUGCGGGAGGCCAUCUUGGAUUCUGAAAUUGCAACUGCCAAACAGAGGCACCAGCAUAUUCUAGACUACAUUCAGCAGAUGGACGAGAUGAGGAGGGAGAUGCGCUGGAUCACGGACGCCCUGCAAUACGCCCGCUACAAGCAGCCCCUGGGCGGCGUUCCCAUCACCUGGCUGGUGGACCCAAAAGUGGAGACGGCGGUGCAGAAGAAUGACUCCACCUCCUCUAACAUGGACUACCUGCCAACCCCAUCCCCCUCGCCAGAGAUGCGCAGGAGGAAAGCUGUGAGCGAUUCCCAGCCUGGGUCAGAUGAAGAGGGAUGCUCCGAGGUGUUCCUCCCCACGGACAGCGACUACGACUCGAGCGACGCCCUGAGCCCACGCGACCUGGACCUGGUGUACUCCUCUUCACAGGACAUCUCCCAGCAGGCUGUGUGCGCGCUCAGCGGGAGCGCUCCCGACGUGCUGCAGGUGCACGAGGUCAAGUACAGUGUGUGCCCCAAGGACAGCCUGGAGGCUGAGACCUGCACCAAGAACAUGGAGGGCCUGACGCUGUCGGGGAGCGCGGCCAAGGCCGCGGAGAAGGCACCCUCCGGCAAGCUGCUGGCCAACCUGCCGACCAAGAGGAAGCUCCUGUCCAAGAGCCAGGCCCAGCACAGCUGCUUCAGCGGGCCGCACCGCUGGCUUCGCGUGCAGAGUGAGAGCCAGGCCUCCUCGCUGUCCGAGGGCGUCUACACACAGCAGCGCGACACCGAGCUGCCGCUGGAGUCGGCCGCCCGCGGCGCCAUCAACAUCUUCGCCGAGCUGCCCCAGAGCACCUACGUGUCUCACGCCACCUGCCACCUGGAGGACAGGAGGCCUCCGCACAAGGAGACCAAACAGAAUGUGCGCAGGAUUUUAGUCGAGCCCUGCAAGAAGACGUCGCCCAGCCAGGAGGUUAGCGGCUGGGCCCGAGGCGCUGUGGAGUGUGGGGCGGGCACCGACUACGACAGCUCCACAGCACAGGACGUGGACUCCGAUGACCAGACUAACGCUCAAGUAUCCGAAAUACUCAGCAGCACACUCUAGGAGACAGCAGUUUGAUGAUUUGACGUAAUUCACGAUGCUGUACCCUCCUUAUUCAAAUGUCCAUGUUUUCAGCAUGGCCUCUCUCCAUGGUAACUUCUGAUUCCAACACACAGGCAUGCACAUUCUGUAUAUGUACACAGAUCUAAUCGGACACUGCAUCCUUUCAACAGAAUGUAUAAACUGAAGUUGCUGGUCAACUGUUAUAAAAUGUAAAAUCCAUGGCUUUGACUGUUAAAACUAUAAUAAUCAAUGCAACAUGAACUGAAGCACUGCUUUUAAUAUUGAACUUGAAACUGUGCCACCAUUUGAGGCCGUAAUAUAGAUCGCAAGAUAUUUGAAAAUAGCUCAAAUGUAACAAUUUCAUGAAUUGGCAUUUUUGUAGUCUGUUUCCGUGAAUACAUGUUGGGGAAUGUUGCAGUUGAGACAUAUUAUAAAUAUUCAGAAUUACUGAAUAAGAUUUUAUCUUGGUGUUGUAUGCCUUAUUAACUCCCAGAUGUGACCCAUUGUCAUGAUAUGGUGUACAAAUGUACUCCGCCAGCAGAAAUCAUUGAAUUUCUUACAUUACUUUUUCUCGCUAAAAAUCUUCUCUGUUCUUAAUCAAUGUGAUGCUGCUGCAUGGCCACUUCAGUGGUGUGCGAACACAGACAACUCUGGCGACACCUAUGAAUAAAGUUCACUCCCUUCAAACAGAAUAUUUUUCUAUUGGGAGUAUGAGGAUGGCAGUGUCCCCAGUUUAGAUACUGAGGUUAAUACUGAGGUUUUCUUUAAUAAGACUGCAUCAGUCUUCACUUGGUAGUUGGUCCAAAGUGAAAAAAAAAAAUCUGAUGCAUGGGCAUGCCAUCUACCAGAGUGGACUGAGAUUCAGAGCUCAUGCUGGUUCUGACUGCCUGUGUAAUCUACAUUCCCCUGGGACUGCACUGAGCUCUCUGGGCUCCAAUAUAGCAUUGAUCACUGCCUCAUUUAUAUUCACAUACAAUAAGAUCAAUUAAUUGCCACUUUACACUAAAAAAAAUUUAAUCAUAUGAUGUGUUAAUGUAUUGCUUUGAAAGAAAAUGUAUUUUACGGGCAUGGAAUUGUCUUAUGGUGUGUAUGCCUUUGUAGUCAGUUGUACCCUGUAUGGCUUUAAAGGGAAGUGCACUGGACACAGCUGAAUUGAUUAUGAACCUCUAUCGACAGAGGCAGUUUAUACACGGCGGUGAACUACAGAUUCUGUUCUAUCCAGCGGCUCAAGGUGUCCUGUCUAUUUCUCUACAAGUAAAAGUGAUUUGUUGUCCAGAUUCCCUCUAUUUUGUGAAAAUGUCUAAAAUAUAAAUGGCCUCUGUAGAUAAUUAAAGCAGAAAGGAGCUCAAGAGCAGCAGUGUGUUGUACUAUAUAAUUAAGCACAUUGACUAGAAGUUGCACAUUGAAAAAGGAGUUCCUCUUGGCACUUGUUCUGAUGUUAAGUGAAGCAGAAACCAACCACUUAAAUGGUUUUGUGUGUGCUAGAAGCAAGCAAGAGCCGCUCCUGUUGCUCAGAUAAUGACUUGCAUUAGGCAUAUCUUUCACCCACUGUAGAACACAGGGACUUAGAGGGAUUUAUAGAAUUAGUUCACUGUCAACCAGCAUGGGCAUUAAAGUGGUGACUGACCUGUGUAUAUUUUUCAAGCUUUUACCACUAAAAUGAUAGUGUUUUGAUGUUUGCAAACAGGUAUUUUCUGAAGAGGAAUCAAAUAUAUUUAAAUUUGAAACAAGCUCCAAA